AUGACAGGAUUCAUUUCUGGCCUUGUGCAAUCAACAUUUCGGAAUGGCUAUAGGGGCGAUGAUCUCCAGCGGGGAUACUCCGGACCAGACACUACUGGAGGCCACUGGAUCGGACAGACGCAGGACGCUUUGAGUACGAUGCAGAAUACAUAUUGGAAUGGAACUUGCUGGCCAAGCACGAUACAAUGGAUCGGAGCUCUGAUUGGUACUAUCGUCGCAUCCUCUACGGAAACACUGGUAGAAGUCCGCAAGACGUACGAUGACCAUGUCCUCGAAGCUACUCAAACUUCUGCUAGUCAACUGAAAAAUGAUAUCCAUCGCUACUACUCUCACAUGAGAAAGUAUUAUGCCAGCGAGGACGCUAUCCAAAUAUUCGACGCAGCUUACGAUGAUGCUCAAUGGGUCGUCAUGGAAUGGCUUGAGGUCAUCAGAUUCAUCGAUCAAUACCAGGAAUAUUCACAACCUGGGCUUCGAGAAGACGACAUCGCAAUGUACGCUCACCGCGCGCACAUCUUCUACAACAUUGUACAGGACCAGUUCAACACUUCCCAAUGUGAUGGCGGUCUGACCUGGAACCCGGCAUUGCAGACUUAUAAGAACGCAAUCACCAACGAGCUGUUCGUGUCGAGCUCCAUCAUGAUGUACUUGUUCUUCCCUGGGGACGACAUAACAGAUCCGUAUCCUCAUCUGAACUACUACGACCAGACCAACACCACUCUGCCUGCAUUAACCCCCCUAGCAGCGCAUGACCCCCUGUUUUUGGAGAACGCACAGAAAGCGUGGGCUUGGUUCAAAACGCACAACUUCACGAACGCUCAAGGCCUCAUCGUUGAUGGCUUCCACAUAUCGCCGAACCAAACCUCUUGCGAUCAACGGAACGAGAUGGUAUACACCUACAAUCAGGCCGUCAUGUUGACCGGCUUGAGAGGCUUGUGGGAAGCGACAGGUGAUGAGUCCUACUUGGACGAUGGUUAUAACCUCAUCAACGCGGUCAUCAAUGCGACAGGAUGGCAUGCUGACGCCCCCGUGCAGGCUAGCGAGUGGGCUGGUCUGGGCCGAAAUGGUAUCCUCGAGGACUACUGCGAUGCUCCCGCCUCCUGCUCACAAGAUGCAUUGAUAUUCAAGGGCGCUUACUUUCAGCAUUUCGAUUACUUCUGUGCAGCGCUACCGACUUUCACGCCACUCGUCGAUGGUGUCAGUGUUUUGGCCUCGCUAGAACUCUCGCAGCACCACAGCCAUAUGUGUCAAGGUUACUCUUCUUGGGUCCGGCACAACGCGCAUGCCGCUUUGGGCACACGCGACGGAACCAACGUUAUGGGCCAGUGGUGGGGUGCUCCAUAUUAUAACCGAACCCAAGCACCAGCGCCGGACUAUGCAGCGCCGAAGCCGUACGGGAGCAUUGAUAUCUGGAAUGAGCCUCAGCUGAUGAGCCAAGCGCCUUGGAAGUGUUCAGGACACAGCGAUUGCCAUCGUUACAAUAGUAGUAAAACGUUGCGAGCGAUAUCACGUCCGAAGCUGGUAACAGAUAACAGGACGGUUGAAACACAGGCGCAAGGGCUCGCAGUAGUUAGGGCUGCGACGGAUCUCACGCUCGGCAAUAGGAGCCGCUGA